CGCGUCUGCGCAACGCCGCGGGUCCCGCCCCCCCGCCCCGCUAUGGCGGAGCCCUUCAGCCUGCGGGAGGUGCUCGCUGCCUUCCAGACGUGCGUGACGGAGCGGCGGGAGGUGCUGCUGGGUCCCUACCUCUGCGGAUGGCGGGGACUGAUCCGGUUCCUCCACAGCCUGGGUGCCAUCUUCUCGUUCAUCUCCAAGGACGCGGUGACCAAAGUGCAGAUCAUGGAGGGCUACUGCCGGGGCGAGCAGCGGGAGCGGUACGUCUCGCUGCAAGCCAUGGUGGAGUACGAGCUGGCCCAGGGGCUGGUGGAUCUCCAGAAACGAUCGGAACACCCCGAGUCUGGUUGCCGAACCGUCCUGCGGCUCCACAGGGCCCUGCGGUGGUUGCAGCUCUUCCUAGAGGGGUUGAGGACGGGUGAGGAGGAUUCCCGGACCUCUGUCAUCUGCACCGACUCCUACAACGCUUCCCUGGCUGCCUACCACCCCUGGGUGGUUCGCAAAGCCGCCACGGUGGCUUUCUGCACCCUGCCCUCCCGAAACGCCUUCCUGGAAAUCAUGAACGUGGGCUCGGCCCAGGAGGCUGUGGCCAUGCUGGGGGAAGCCCUGCCCUACAUCUCGGAUGUCUACGACAUCACCCAGGAGCUCUUUGCCCGGCAUCAGUUGCUUGACCUCCCCUGACAGACACCACUGAGCACUUCUGACCCAAAGCAUGAAGAUGAAGUGGGGUGAGGGAGAAAACUGGGUGUCCUCACGCCCUUUUUGGUGCUCUGUGCAUGGUAAGGCUGCCUCUCUCCACUGAAGAGCUAGCAGGCUGGCAAAGCUAUUCAGGAUGUGUCACCAGAGGGAACAAAAUAAACCCACUUACAGGAUCUUGGUUUUCUUCCUGGAUUCACUUUCAACUCCCCAGCUAGGCUGGGGGUGAGAGGUUUUGGUUUCUUUUUUAAGCCAAACUCUGCAACUUUGGUUUCUGUGUGUUUACAACAGUAGUUAUGACCAUGCCACGUGCUCUCAACACAUUCACUCCACAUGGGAACUCAUUUUGCCACUUCUGUUUACAAGCUGUUCCCUUUUGCCUUCUCUUAUGCCUCAGCCGUGAAAAUAAUCCUGGCUGUGUGUCUCACAGGAAGCUCCUUCUGCUGAGGUCACAGGUUCAGGUGAUGACUGCUGCUAACUCUGUGUUCCCUACGUUCACAGAAGCAAAUGGUGGUGUGUGUCACUGCUGUGACAGUUUUUCUUUAAGCAGGACCUUCCCCUGCCUGUUAAUCUCUGCUUCAUGUCUCCUGAGGUGUGGAACACUUUUUAGGAUGAACUGCACAAUACUAUAUAUCCAGCUUCAGAUUGCACCUUUUUCCAGGCUUCUAAAUUGUAUUCCUAUUAUGUUGGGGUUUUUUUGUUUGUUUUUAAAUUAAUGUAUGUAAUGCCUGCAAAAAUGACUUCUCUGCCUGGGAAGAAAUCUGAACUUACUGUAAGUCCCUGCUCUGUCAGGCUUAUGGCUUCUAUUGCAAAUCGCUGUGUGUAUAUGUAUGUCUGCACAUACUCAGACACCAAAGUAUGGGAAAUGGAGUUUACUGAGCUUUCUGCAAGUUGAAAAAGCCCUAUAUUGUUAGCUCAGGGUGACCUGGCUACUUGAGGGAGGAGGGAGAGUCCCACAGGCAGUAAUGUGCUUUGAUUGUGUCACAGUUUGUCAUUUUGGCCUAAGAUAACACUGAAUGAUUCAGUAAAUCACUGUUACCUCAUGGAGAUUAAGCUAACUGGACAUUAAAUUCUGUGAA